AGAAGGAGGGGGAUUGAGCUCGCGCUUCCAUGGAAAACUAACAACCACCACGUAAUCGUGCCAUUACGGAGGUUUACGGGCAUAAUAACAUUACUAUCGAACAGUUAAAAAAAAUAAAAAUAAAAUAAAAAUAAAAAAAUCAGGAUGGCAUUCCCUGUAGAUAUACUGACAACUGUGGACCAUGAGUCCUUAGAAGUGGCAGCAAAGAACUACAUGUCUCAGCUCCUCUACAGAAAUCCUGACACAACUGAGUACCUCAGCCUACCUGAUUCCAAACAAAUACAGAUUGGACUCUGCAAUGUAAGUUUUGUCCCUCUCUAUGGAGUAGAUACUAAAGAAAAGGUCCUUGGUUUGUUCUCACCUGAUAAAGGGUUAGUUGCAGGGCUUUAUUUGCUGGGUAGGUGGUGGACAGUUGAAGAUAUCCUUAAAACAGCUGACCUCUCAAGAACAGGUCUGAUCAAGGUCAGCACCCUUGGGGAGAGGGUAGUCCUGUAUGUUCUCAACAGAUUUGUGUACAGAGCCAAGGAGAAAAGCAGUGAAGAUAUUCCCUUUCUCUGUCAUUGUGAGCAUGAAACUGCAAAAAUACUAUGGAAGGAUGGUGAGGCCAUUGGUUUUUACUCAGUCAAACCUAAAGGGAGCUUGUGCAGUAACUUCUUGACACAGCGCUAUCAGCUUCCUGUCAUGGACACAAUAUUUGUCAGGAAGUGUCACCGUGGCAAUGGUCAUGGCCUACAAAUCCUGGAAGACUUUGUUGGUAGUUUCAGAAAGGAGUACCUGGGGUUAAAAUUCCCUCUUUCAAAGGCUAUGUAUAAAGUGUGUGCAAAGUACUUCAGUAUGUAUCCAGGAGACAAGAAGCUUCUUUGGGAAGUAGAGGGCAUAGGAGGCCCUUUCCAGAGAACUUUAAUAGCCAGCAAGCUACAGAAGUUGAAGCUAAAAGAGAAGGACGAUGUUGUGAGUAAAUUGAAUUUUGAGGAAGAUAACAUCAGUGCUCCUGUGGAAAUAGAGGUUACAAAGAUUCAAGAAACCACUGAAUACACAAUGGAGAUUGUGGAGGACACCAUCACAAAAGUCACCAAAGUGGUAGAUGACAUACCUGUCACAAGACGUGGGAGAAGCAGCAACCUGAAACGCAGAGGAAUCAGAGAAAAUUCAGAGGAGAGGCUAUCAAAGAACAUAAUCAGGGUGGAAGACAUUGAGGCUGGAGCUGAAAGUCCGAUUGAGGUGGUGACUGAAGAAAAACUUGGUAACAGCACUUUUAAUGUAAAAGAAUCAGAAUCAGAAGCUGUACUCAAGAGUACAACAGUCUCAGUAACUGCAGCUGUGACAAAAAUUUCAGAGCUUAGAGAUUCACAAAAAGAAGAAGAGGAACAGGAAAUAGAAACAGUUGAGGAUAUUUUUGUUAGGCCUGCAAUAGACUUAGUUAAAGGUAUAUCAGAGAAAGGUCUUGAAAAUAAAGAGGAGACCCCAGUUACCCACUUAACCACAGUUGGGGAAAUAAAGAGUCGAGGAGGCAGUGAAGAGGUACAUGAAAUGAUUAAUAAGGAGCACACUAUGGAAAUACAAGGAGCCACUAUUGGGUCUUUUGACCAAUGCCAUCCUCAAUCUGUGGUGGAUCUAGAAAUUAUCAAAAUUAGUACAGGAAUUGAAGAGGAGCAAAAAGAGAAAUUAGAAAACAUCAAAGAGGGUGAGGAAGAUGAACCUGUGUGUGAGGUAGAGGAGGAAAUAAAACAAAUGCUGGAUGAACCUGAAAAAACAAAGGAAAAUGCAAAUAGCAAAGAGAGUGAGAAGAUACAGGAGAUUGUGGAUAUUGUUUCAGAUAUUGAGAAGAUUGUGGAAGAGGAGGAAAUGCACACAGAAGAAACGGAAAAUAAAAAUAUUGAUAAAGCAGACAUUAUUCCUGAAGAGUUAACAGCAGAAAAUAUCAUUCUUGAGCAGACAGAGGCUGCUAAACCAACAGAAAAAGAACAAACUCACAGGGAUGUGGAAAAGAGGGAGGAGAUAGAAAAAACAGAAGAGGAUGAGGUUUUGGAAGAAAGUGUUAAGGACCUCAGUGAGGAAACAGAAGAAAACCAAGAUGACAAUAUGGGCUCAGAGGCAUGUGAAGCAAAGGAUAUAGACAAAGUUCUUCAACAGUCUUUGGAAGACAAACACCAGAAAGAACUGGUGGCAGAAGAAGAAUCUGUGAAAAAGACCCAUUUUACUGAAGAGGUCCCAUGUGACAAGCCAAAACAUAGUGAGACAGAACAGGUCUUCUCUAAUAUAAAAUCAGCUCAGAAGAGAAUAUCAGUGAUAACUCCCUCAAGGAGAUCCAAAAGACUUAGACAUCAGCCUGCUCACACAGAAAGAGAUCUCAAAAGUACGGCAAAGUAUUUUAAGACUACACAAUACAGCAAAGCAAUGAUGCAAGAAGAGCAUACCAAAGAAACAAUGGAUGAACCUGUGGAUAAUGAUUCUGAGGUUAAAGAAGAGACACAAGGACCUCAAGUUGAGGUUGAGGAAUGCAAAGGAAAUGACAAACUUAAAGUAUCUACAGUGGAAGCGGACAUCACUGAUGUUAAGGAAACCGCAAAUGCAGAUCCUGAGGUGUCUGAAGUAGUGAAAGGGGCAGAAAUAGAGAGUCAAAGGGAAGCACCACAACAGUCAACUUUAGAGCCUGCUGAGGUACAGGAAGAAAAAAUGGCACCUGAAGAGGAUUUGAAGAAAGAGGGGAAUGGCACCAUGAUGUCGACAUUGCGUAAAGCCAAAGUUGUGCUUUUAGAUUUGAAUAUGCCAUCUCCUAAAGAGGCAGGUGAGAGUCAUACUAUUAAGGAGACAUUACAUACUCAGGAGGAGAAAGAAUCAGACAAAGGAGCGUUGGGUAUUACUGAAGAAGAUGGAAAGAAGCAGACAGUGUCUCAGCUUAAAACAUCUGAGCAUCAAGCAGCUGAAGAAAUUGUGAGAUUGGAGGAACAAGAAGGUACUUUGGACAAACCUAUGGAAGAAACAGCCAGAACUACUAUAAAAGAAGGAUAUGAGUUAGCAGAUAAUGCCAACAGAAUUCCAGGACAAUCAAAUGCAGACAAAAUGCAAGGGGGUGAGCCAAAACCAGAAACUACAGAGGUCUUUCAUCCAAGCCAAGCUGAGAAACAAGAAGAGAAAACAGACACUGAACAAGAGGAUGAGCAGGACUCAGGAAAGGAUUCAGAUGAGGCAGCUCAACAAAGAAGACCAGCCAACACCCCAAGGAGAUCCAGAAGACUUAGAGAUCAACCUAUUGACCCUGGGGUGACAGUCAGAAGUUUUAGGAGCACAAUAAAAGCAGCAGAGACCAGCCCUCUUAGGAGAUCUACACAAAGUAAAGCAGUGAUUCAGCAAGUAGAAACUUUUAAGUUACAAGUGGAAAAGAGGGAAGAGGCAGAACUCGGGAAUUAUGAAAACACUGUGAGUGAUGCAGAAGAUGCAGGUCCAGAGGAACCUGAAAAGACAAACACAAAUGUUGAGGAAACAACAGCUGUUGAUCCUGUGAGUUGUGAACUGAUGAAAGGAGCAGAAAUUGAUGAUAUAGAUAAAGCACAACAAAUUGUAGAUUCUACAGAGGAGGCACAACUUUUAGAAACAGAACAUGAUGAGGAUGUAGAGAAAGAAGAGGACAGCACCCCAGUAAUAAAACAGCAAAAUGCCACAGUAAUGCUUGUGGAUGUAAACAAACUUUCCCAGAAAUUAAAAGUAAAUAGUGAGACUGCAUUGGCUGUGGAACUGCCAGUAGAUAAGUCUGCUAAUAUUGAACCUGAGCAGUACAGCAUGGAAUCAGAACAGGACAAACAACUAAAAGAAGUAGACACAAAGGAAGCAACUGAAAAGACGCCAGAGGAAGAGAAAAUGGAGGAAGAAAACACAGUUAAUGAGCAGAAUGAACCAGAUAAACAAGACAUGACAUUUAAAGAACAAAAGCCAGCGGAAGAAGGGGUCCUUGAAAAAAAGAUGACUGAAGAUUUGGAAGAAGGUCAAAAUGAUAUAAAGGAGACAGAGAUUAUAGAUGAAUAUAAAGCAGUCAUAUAUGAGGCUGUGGAGGAAGCCAUAACAUCUGGAGAGCAUCCAGACACAAUGGAAGAUUUAUCAAAUAAAGUUCAGGAGACUGAAAAUUAUCAAGAUAAUGCUUUAAAAGAAAAACAAAUAGACAGUGACAAAGCAGGAGAGAAGAUAGAGAAAAACAUGGCCACGAUGUCAGCAGAGGAAAGAAAUAAAAAUGAAAACAUUCAGAAUGAAGAUGAAGAGAUGGAAGAGGAGGCACCAGUCUACACAGAGAGAAUUCUCAGACAAAGAACAGUAACAGUUCAAUCUCCACCGAGAAGGAAAUCUAAACGUUUACAAAAACAGGAUUCUGGGGCAGAUGUUGAAAUUCAGGAAAGCCACACAGUGAGGAGCAAAGAUGAUACUGAAACAGAAAAAGGAGAUGAAGAAAUUGAUAAAUUGAUGGAAAAUCAGGAAGCAGAUUUAACUGAAACAAUGAGAACAGUUGAGGAGAAGGAGGAGGCCCCUAAAAUGGGAUGGGAAGAAGCCAAUUUAGUGCAAAGGGAAUAUGAGCCAUUUGUUGAGAAUGAAACUUCAGAGACAGACAGACCCACUGAGAUGGAUGAAGCUACAAUGGUUGGCAAGGAAAGGUUCAUAAGGAGAAGCCUUAGGCUCAGUGCAAAACCAGUUAUAUCUUCACCAAGAAGAACAUCUCAAUGUCUCCACACACAAAAGUUGGAGCCAGUAGAAGAAGCAGACAUGAGUGGAAAAGAACAUGAUAAAAUCUCAGCAACAACAGAAGAGACUGUGAAUAUCAGUAUGCCCAUUAUUACAAUAGAGACCAAUUUGAAAAUUCUUGAUGAAAUUGCAAACACAAAUGUUGAGGAAACAACAGCUUUUGAUCCUGAGAGUUCUGAACUGCUGAAAGGUGUGAAAAUGUAUGAUGAAGAGAAAGUACCACGAAUUGUAGAGGUUACUGAGAAGGAGAUCCCACUUGUAGACACUGCACCUGAUAAGGAUGUAGAGAAAGAGGAUGACACCACUCCAGUAAUCAAAAUGCAAAAUAUCACAGUAAAGCUUGUGGAUGUGAACAAACUUUUCCAAAAAACAGAGGGGAAUAGUAAGACUCCAGAGGAACUAGUGCUUUCUCAGAGAGAGGAAGAACUGGAACUGGAUAAUUCAGCUAAUAGUGAACAUGAGCAGAGCAACAUGGAAUCAGAAGUGGACAAACAACAAGAAGUAUUAGAAAUGGAACAAGACACUGAAAAGAUGCCAGAGGAAGGAGUUGUCCUUGAAACAAAGACAACUGAAAAUUUAGAAGAAGGUCAAAAUGAUGUAAAUGAGAUUGUAGAUGAAUAUAAAGCAGUCUUAGAUGAGGAUCCAGAUGCAAUGGAAGACAGACCAAAUAUAAUUCAGGAGAUAGACAACAAUCAAGAUAAUGUUUUGAAAGAAAAACAAAAUGACAGUAACAUAGCAGGAGAGAUGAUAGAAGACAAAAAGGCCAUAAUGCCAGCUGAGGAUAUUGUGGUGGAAAGCACUAAAAAUGUAAACAUUCGGAAUGAGGAUGAAGAGAGGAGCAGUCUUGCUCAAGACAAAGAUGUCCAGGAAAAGGAGUCACCAGUCCACACAGAGAGAAGUCUCAGACGAAGAACAGUAAGAGUUCAAUCACCACCAAGAAGAUCUAAACGAGUACAAAAACAGGAGUCUAAGGAAGAUGUUGAAACACAGGAAAGCCACACAGUGGGGAGCACAGAUAAAACUGAUACCGUCCCAAUACCAGAAAAGGGAGUUGAAGAAAAGGAUCAAGAAAAGGAUAAGAUGGACAACAAGAAAAUACAUUUAACUGAGACAAAAGAAACAGAUGAGGAGGAUGCGGCUCCUGAAAUGAGAAGAGAAGAAGCUAAUUUAGAGCAACAGGAAAACAAACCUUCUAAAACUUCUGAGACAAAAACUAAUAUAAUUGAAAAUGAAAAUCUAGUGGAAUUGGUUGCAGAGGAAGGAGUUCAAGAUAAAGAUAAAGUUCAGGAAAACACAAACCUUAACACAGAACAAAAGGAUAAUAUUCAGGAUAAAGAAGAAGACCAAAUAAGAACAAGCUCAAUGGAAAAGGAUUCCACUAACCAAAAAGCUGUGUCACAGGAGGAAAACCUAGAGGAAACCAAUCAGAAUGAAACACCAGCUGCCCUGGAGAAAGCUGCUUUAGAAAGCUCAGAUGAAGAAGCACCUCUCAUUACAAGAAAAAGUCUCAGAUGUAGAACAGUAACAGUUGAAUCUACACCAAGAAGAAAAUCUAAACGGCACUACAGACAAGAGUUGGAGCCUGAGAAAGAAGCAAUGAAUGACAGAUGUGGAAAUGAAAAAAACUCUGCAAUGGAGGAAGCAGCCGACAAUUUAAAUGUUAAUACAGAGAAGGAGAAUGAGCCAUUGAAUGCUGAAUUUGAAAAUAUGGAGGCAAAAAUGGGAGAAGACGCAAUUCAGGUAAAUACAGAUGAAAAGGCAGGGACACACAAUAAAGUUGAGGAGGAAGGUAAUGAAAUCCUGGUUGAGCGCAUGAAACAUAACUGUGUCAUUCAGGAGGAGGCACAAGGAGAGCCCCAUGAAGAUUUAGGGAAUACACAGAAAGACACAGAACUGAACAAUGCUCAAGAGGAAAGUCUUGACAGAGAAGAUUUGCAGAAGCCCAAGGAACAGGAGGACGUGUCCAGUGUUCAGGAGGAAGAAAUACAUUUCCAAGGGUCUUCAUCAGUCACAGAAGGCAUGCAAGGAAUUUCUUCUGAAUUGGAGGAAACUGUGGUGGAAAAGAGAAUCCUUAGAAAAAGAAGAACAACAGUUGCAGCAACUGCUCCAAGAAAAUCGAAAUAUCUUUGCAAACAAGAGCAAGAUGAAGGUAGUGAGCAUGUAGAGGAGCCAGCUAAUAGACAGAUUGAAUACGCAGACUCAGAAUGGAUUGUUUCAAAAGACGUUGAGUUGAAGUCAGAUGUACAAACUGCAAUGGUUUUUGAGGAAAAAGUGGAGGAGAGUAAUUUGGGUGAAGAAACACCACAACAGAUGUCGAAAGAUGGGACAAAAUCAGAUGGAAACCAUAAUAAUCAUGAAGAUGGCUCCACAGAGACAGGUGUAGGAGAAUCUGUGGAGGGUCAGAAAGAUGAAACUGAGGUCAAGGAGCAAAAUAACAAGAAAGUAGAGGAGACAGAUAAAACAAAUGAGAAGGAAGUGAUAGAACAUGAGGAGAAAGAAGAGCAAAAUCUUGAGUCUAGUUUAAAUGUGGGCUUCACUUUAGAGUUGGAGGAAGAGGAAAAAUCUGAUCAAGAAGGAAACAUAGCAGAUAAACAGAGCCAAGUUGUCACUGAGGUUCCAAAAGAAAUAUCCACAUCUGAGGAAAAAUCUGAGAAAAGUGAAGAACAUAUCUCCGAUGACGAUGAGAAUGGUCUUGUCAUGGAAAAGCAUGUUCCUCAGAGAACCUCAUCGGCCACAGCUUUAACCACCCGAAGAUCAGUGAGACUUCAAUUCCAUGAAAAUAAAAAGAAUAAUAAGGAAGAUGAAGUACAACAAGCAACUGAACAGAGACCUCAGAGAAAAAGAAAAGCCAUAGCUGAUGCAACUCCUGCACACAGAUCAAAACGUCAUGAAAGGGGAAAUAUUGCUUAGCGCAUUAUUCAAUCUUUUAUUAGUACACAACCUCCUAUGCCAGUGAUUCCCAAACCUGUUCCUGGAGGCCCCCCAACACUACACAUUUUGGAUAUCUCCCUUAUCAAACGUACCUGGUUCAACUCAUCAGCUCGUUAGUGGAGACUCCAAGACCUGGGUAGGGUUGCACCAGCUUUGCGUAAGUUCUCACGUAAGUUAGGAUGUAAUGUUCACACUAAGGGCUUAGUAACUACUAGUUAUUUUGUAACUAAGUCAGUGCUAAAUUCGGUUGUACCACCUAUUCUUAAGGCUCUCCGUAAAGUAAUGCAUAGUCGCAUAAUAUGACGUUUACCUGUAUUGAUCCAAUAAGCAGCCUACAAAUUUAUACACAGAAGUGUUAAACAGCUGUGAACUUUAAUUUGAUCUUGUUACGGUUGAUGUUCAAACCUUGUAACCCGUAACUGUCAGCUGUAAUAAAUUAUAUCCCCAUUAAAAUACGAUACGUAAUAAAAGUAGAUUUGAUAAAUAGUAUAUUUGCCCUGUGUAAAUAACAAUAUAUAGGAACUGUAUCUAAAAUAAAUAAGUGGUGAUAAAUAAAUACUAAUACAACAGGCUGGAAAAAUAGACAUUUAUUCAUUUUAAUAUCCUAUAUAUAUUUCGUAUAUGUUGAAACUUGACACCGAGCGACGCAUCUUGAAAACUGCACCGUUAGAUCGGUUUCAUGCUGAAGAGCCACUUAAAAGUACGUUUUUUUUUCUCUCUCGUAAAUGUAAACGAGUGUAAAUGUCAACAUCAUCAUAUAUAUCGAAAUGAUUGAUGCCUGUCACGCAGAACAUGAGCUCAUUGAUGUCAUAAAAUAUUAGUCUGAUUUUUUUAUUCCAUCCAUUACUCCUGGUCGGAGGCUUCCGUAAAUAUUUAGUUUAUACGUAGAGUUACAUUCUACCUAAGUUUAAUGGUGCAAUGCUCAAAUAUUUAGUAGUGCAUAAAUUGUGACUUAGUGCCCAUUUACACCACAACUAGUCUAAGUUAUAACGUACGUAUAGCUGGUGCAACCGGCCCCUGAAUUGGUUGUGUCAGAAAAGGAGAUAUACAAAAUGUGCAAUGUUGGGGGGCCUCCAAGAACAGGGUUGGGAACCACUGGGUCCUAUGCAUUGCUUAAGGGACCAAAAUUCUGAAAUUAAAAAACAUAUGUGUAGUUUUCUAUUAUUACAUUUUCAUAUGCAAAAUAACACAAAUGAUUUUGACCAACUAUAUUUUGUAUUAAGUAUUUCUGAUUUUUAUAAAAAAUACUUGUUUGUCAAAAUGAGGAUUUAUUGGAACAUUGUGUUUUAUAUAGCAAAUUCAAGUAAAUGAAUUCACAUGUAGACAGGGGCAUAGAUUUGGCUUGAACAUUUACAUGUUUCCAUUGAUCAUGGUAUUAAUAUUGGGGGGGGGGGGUUGUACUUGCUUCUUGUGAUUAUAGGGGGCGGGGGGGUGUUGUGAGUUUGGUGAAGUUUGUUUAUUUUUACACUACAUUCUGUUAGCUGUGAAGGUAAUGUAGCUUCAUGUUCCACUUAUGUUCAUAUUAAAUGCAGAAAGAAUUUAUUUUUCUUUUACCACUGUGAUUUCUUUCUUGUGAAAAUAUUUUUCUGAACUGUGAUUUGUCCAUUGUAUUUCUUAAAUGUUUAAAUAAAGUCACAAAUUACCUGAA